AUGCUGCGCUUCCCAAAGCAGGUGCGAGGUGCGCACGGCACAUACCGGGUCGCGCUGUGCGGCUCAUGUCGCGGUGUCGCACCAACACCGCCACGGAUGCAACUGCAGCAUCGUGACCGCAUUAUUGGCUCACAUGGCGCGGGGCUCGUCAAUCAUCAGUCGAUGGCCACGAUGGAGAUCCGCUCCAACUUCACGCGUGUGCAGAACGCCGCGCCGGCAGCCGACCUUUUUCGUACCAAAGUGCACGAAGGCCUCGGUACUAGCGACAAGGACCCGUACCUGCGCACGCUGCCGAACCAAGAGUCCCGUCCACCAGAGAGCUCCGUGCUGCGCGUGGCUGCGGCGACUGCCCCGUCCCUCGAGGAGCGGCAGUGCCUGCACCAAAAGUGGGGCACACUGCAGUACUGGCUCGGCGACCAACACCCGCGUCUGCCUCUCUUCCUUGAAGAGCUGCUCGUCUCGGACGCAUUGCCUGUGUCGCCAGCAGCUGAGGCCAUGGUGCAGAGGUUUGCCGCCGAGGUCAUCCCAGCCAUGGCGAAGCAGGGCGGCCCAGGCGCGGAGGAGAAGCUAGAGGUGCUAUGGAAGCAGGCGGUUCAGGCUUACGGGAAGCUGAACACGUCUCACGUCUUCGACAAGGUGGCCUUCGAGCUCGAGCUCGCCGCGCUGCACGGUCGCUACCAGGCGGGCAUGUCUGCGUUGUCGCCGUGCGAGGAUGGCGCCCUGGCGCUCGAGGUGCUUCGUCGGAAGGCCAUUGCGAAGCGGAACGCUUUCCUGCGCGAGGGGCUGCUGCCGCUGGUGCGCAACAGUGCGUACAUUGGCUACGGAGAUGGUGUGUGGCGUGUCUUUUUUGACAGCGUUGCGGCACACAAGAGGGACCUCUUCUCCUCCUCCAAUUCGCCCGUCAGCGCCACGCUUGGCUUUGCAUGGGAGGCGAUCAUGAUGGAAGAUGCGGUGCGUACCCCUGCCAUGACGGCUCCCGUCGCGCUCUACCUGCUGCUAGUCUCGAUCUCUGAGAGCCAUAUCCGCGCUCCUGCGGAGCUGAAGUCCGCAUCGGCACACCUCGACGAGGGCAUCGUGGCCACAGAGCAGCACGUGGUGCCCUCGGCGUUCGCGACGGUUAGCCCAAUUGUGAAGCGCCGCUUCGCUGCAGAGGCCUUGAAGACGCUGCUAGGAGAGGUGAAGGGAUGCGGCCGUCUCGCAAAGGCUCUGCGUUCCGCCAGGCUCUACGACUGGAGCCGCGACGCUGCGCUGUGUGAGGCGAUGCUAGACGACCGACAGCUCUUGCGGGCUGACGUGGCAAAUAUGGUGGAUCGUUUUGACAGCACCGCUGAGGUGAAGUCGCUGCUGCAGUCGCUGAUGAGUGGGACGGACAGCGCCAUCAAGGCACACGUCAGCCACGUCUUUCAGCUCGCUGGCACGGCGAGUAAGAGUCACCAGCUGGUGGACUGGGACGCCGCCAUGUCCGCCGUGGACUGGCCACACUGCUGGCGCGAGCAUGCGCGCGAACUGCUUUCCGACCCUGCAACGUUGGAGGCGGUGUACCGCCUGCUCAAGAACGCGACUGGCGCAAAGCACGCCACGAAGCGGCUCUUUCGUGACGAGUACGCGGCUGAGGUGGAGGCAGCUCUGCAGCGACGCAAGGAACGCGCAGGGACACGCAAGGUCAGGGUCGAGCAGCUGGUCCGGAACCUCACGUCGUAUGAGCAGGUAGAGAACACGCUUGCCGUGCUUCGUGAAGCGGGUGUGUCGCUGCAGGAGCUCGAAUGUGCCGAGCUAGCCACUAUGGGGCAGCACACAGUGCGCCGCCCGCAGGUGGACAAUGGGGUGCUCGACCUCCUUUUGGAGGCCAUUCGUCAGCGCCAUCCAUCGUGGGCAAAGUCAGGCGUUCUCCCAGCAGUCGCCUCUGAGGUGGCCAAGUCGCCGGUGUGGUACUUGGAGUGCAUGACGCGUGUAUACAUUCGCCUUUCCUACGUCCCGCAGGCGGCAGCGGCUCUAAUGGCGCAGCGCACGCGUCGCCGUAUCGGCCCUGUCGGGACGGAGCCGACUCAGUUUAACGUGCCUACGGAGAUGGGUAUGGUGGAGCAGUACGACAAUUUACAGUACAAGCGGUACGACUGGCAAGGCUGGUAUCAGCGCAUGGUGGACGUUCACAACCGCAACGUCUCCGUCAAGUGCCGCCUCGACGAUUUGAAGCGGCUGGACGCCUACGGAAACCCGUUCGUGGAGAUGCAAACGGAAAGGCGCCUGCGCAUUCUCGCUGAUCAUCGCGUUGGCAUGGGCGUGCUGAAGCUCGAUAGUGACAAGUAUGAGGAUCAGCUCGACAAUAUAACCUACGGCUCGACGAAGUUGUCUGAACUGCUGGCGGACGCUCGCAAGGCGCAGCUAGGCAAGGAGUACUGGCCCUCGGUCGAGGUGAAGGUGCGCCGUCCGUCUGGGCAGAGCAAGACGUACUACUCCGUUCUCGAUGAUGCCCGCAUCGAGUCAAAGAGCAAGGAGCUCUACGCGAAAUACCGCGAGGCCAAGAAGCGAAGCCUCUUCGUGACGCCGAUGGACAUUUGGUUGGAUGUGAAGGGUAUGCAGGUGCGCAAGGCGGCGGAGACGGCAGACGCGCAAGGCUACACCGUCGACUCCCUGCACGACACGAUGGACGACGACAGCAACGGCAAAGACUGA